ACAAUGUUUGAUGUUUGAAUUCUGUUCUGCUGUUUAUUUCGAAGGCGGCAGUACGAAUGACUCUCCAAAGUGGUAUUCACGCUGACCCAUAUGAAACAUCUAAACUAGCAGAUUGUAAAAGCCUUUCGUAUAGAGCCGUGAAGCUCAUCAUAGAUAAAGAAAAGAUAGUUUUACUUAUGAAAAUACCAUCUAAAGGUUCUUGGGAAGAUGAUUUUGAUGUUGCGAUGGGGAAGCUUUUAGAUGCCAGCUCUCCGUGUUAUGUGUUUUAUCGUCUUGAUUCCGUCAACUCUUUUGGAAGCGACUGGAUCUUUAUAUGUUAUGUUCCUGAAGGUUCUGACGUGCGUCUAAAAACGAUAUAUGCAGCCACUAAAGCAACUGUUCUUAAGCAGUUUGGAGAUAACUUAAUUAAGGAUGAUAUAACAAUAAAUUGUGUGGGUGAAAUGAACUUAAGGGCCUAUAAAAAAAUUAUGGAAAGUAAAACUGCACCUGGACCUUAUACUGAAGCUGAAAUUGAGGUGGCUGGCAUACACACAGGAGAAGUGACCACUGGACUGCACUCCAGCUAUCAAACAAUCGGUGGUGUUUCAUUCGCGCUUAGUCCUGAUUCUCGCUCUGUGUUAAAGAAUUUUGGUUCGGGAGAGUGUGAUUACGUUCAGUUAAAAUGUGAUAUCCUUAGUGAAACUAUCAAAGUUUGCGGGACUCGUGAACAUAUUACGCCAAAACAAAUAGCAGAAAUUUGUCCAGAAAAAGAAGGUCGUUAUCAUCUUUUUCGUUUCCGUUAUAUGCUUGAAGGCGAGGAACAUUCUGCUACCUUUUUUAUUCAUACAAUUUCUGGCAAUCAAAGCCCAAUAAAAAGCCGAAUGCUGUAUUCUAGUUGCAAGGCAGCUUUACUAACUCGGUUGGAGCGUGAAUUUGGAAUAACCUUUGAUCAUAGAUUUGAAAUUGAUGAAAUCGAUGAACUAACUACACAAUAUUUAAUGGAUAUUUUAUAUCCUAAACAAGAAGAAAAACAGUUUAUAUUUCAAAAACCCCAAGGUCCUAUGGGACGCCGUCCUAGAACACAUAUACAUUAAUGUUUACUUUUGGAUUUUGUCAUUCAUAAUUAUAAAAUAUUCUUAUAAUUAUUACUGUUUUAUUGCCUUCUAUUUCAUGAAUUUUAUUGAUUUAUUCACUUCAGAAUAUAUUGAUAUACAUACUUUAUCGAUUUGAUCAUUAUCCAAUUUUUCAUCCUUAUAUUUCUGUUAAAGAGAAAGUGUAUGAAAGGAUUAAUUUUACUGCUGAAUCUGUACAUCGCAUAUAUACAUAUAUCGGUUUUGUUUCUACUGUACAACCAUAUACAUUUAUGAAAUCGUAUAGAGUGCCCUUUAUGAAAUUGAAUGAUUUCGGUAUAAAAAAAAUUCCUCUACAUAUAUCUCGUCUUAUCAUAUUGCCUUAAUAGAAAUGAGUGAAAUUCUACUCAAAUUUUUUCUUUCCAAUUCAUGUAAUAGUAUUAUCAAUGAACAGUCGAAAAUGUUCACCGAUGCAGUUCCUCAUAUAAUAGAUAUAUAUGUACUUUGUUUUCAUUUCUAAUUAUUUGUUUAGAUACAGCUGUUGUCUUGGCUAUUUUCCUUUUUGUUCUAUUUUUCUUUUAUAAAAACUUCCUGUCUAUCACUUUGUAUAAUGUAUGCAUUGAUUUUAUUACAUAUAUAUACAUUAUGUUUAGCACAGAUUUCGUUUUUUAUGAUUACAUUUUUUUAAAACGAAGUCAUAAACUUAAUAUAAAAAUGAUAUAUUUAUCACAAAUUAAUGUUAGCUGGUAAAUAGAAACAAUUGAACAUCAGAUUGCAUUGACACAGUUCUCCCGUCGUAAUUUAGGAUUCUUCGACAGUGUGCACUUAUAUCUCAAUUACCAACGAUUAAAUAGAGGCUUUCUUCAUAAAUUCCUUUUGUUUAUAGCUACUUUUAGUGAAUCUAGUCAUUCUUCAUGGAUAAAAUGUAUAUCUUAAUGGACAGUUAUAAUCCUGUUUUAACUGUGUUCAAUUUCGGAUACAUUUUAAUUUAGUAAUAUUAAUACAAAAAUGGCAUGAUCUUUUUUGACACAUCAAAUUACGUCUUUUUUAUCUUUAAGAAUUUAAUAUUGAAUAAAUAAGUGGACUGUUUUAUGCAUAUAUGAACGUAGCUCAGUGAUUUCAGCGCUAAAAUUACAUAUUGUGGUGUUACAGAAAUUAAAUGCAACCUCUUAUUUUGAAUUACGCAGUCUAAUAAAAUUAGUCCAACUCAUCAUAAACGUGGUACAACUGAAAACUUGAGCCUGUGUAUCAUUAUAGCAUAUAAUGUAGAAUGCAUAAAACAACGCACAUUUUAGUUACCUACUGAGGAAAUCAACCUAGCUAUUCCGUUUCAUACUAUACGAAACUAAAAUAACACCAUGUAAACUAUGUAAUGUAAUCUAGAGUUACAGAGCUUAAUAUGUGCAUGGACUGAUUGUUGUAAUUUCUAUAUGAAUGCUUUCGUUUGAUAUUCUAUGAACAACAUUUUUAAAAAAUUAUGUGUUAGAAAUAUAUUUAACAGUGAUGAAGUAUCAUCAUAUAUUUAAUUCUGUAUGUUCCAAACAUGAAAGAUAGACAACAAACCUCUACGUCCCUGCUGUGGUGUGUGCUACUUAUAUUGA